AUGUUGCCUGUCACCUCGCCCCUUCUGCUUCGACAGCAGGCCACAUCCCACGUCCACCGGCUUAGCCGAGGGCGACAACGGCCUGCCAAAUGGAGAGCGCCAGAGGCUGUUUGCCCUGAUGAUUCAGUCAGCGGCGCCAGCGCCAUUCUGCACGCACUUCAGGCCGCAGGCGUCACUCAUCUCUUCGUCAAUCUCGGCUCGGACCACCCGGCUUUCCUAACGGCGUUUGCUACGAAGGCGUAUCCCCGGGUCAAGGUCGUCACUUCGCCGAAUGAGAUGAAUGCGCUUUCGGCAGCCUCGGGCUAUGCAAUGAUCACUGGGAGGCCAGCAGCUGUACUCGUCCACGUCGAAUGCGGCACACAGGCUUUGGCGGGCGCAGUGCACAAUAUCAGUAAGGGCCGCUUGCCGGUGGUGAUAGUUGCCGGUACCGUGCCUAUUACGAUGGAAGGGGAGCUACCGGGGAAUGUGAGUGAGCACACCUGCACGAGUGCCAUGUAUCGACUGACCGUAGGCAAAGAUAUUCACUUUAUCCAGGAUAUCCCAGACCAGCGCUCUAUCGUUCGUCAAUACAUGAAGUAUGAUCAUGAGAUCCGAUCACCACACAAUGCUGUACAGAUUGUGCUCCGGGCUCUUCAGAUUGCGACAAGUACGCCACAGGGGCCAACAUAUCUCAUCGCAUCGCGAGAGACACUCGAAGCCCAAACAUCAAUCCGUAGCAUCAAGCCUUCGCAAGAUGCAGAGAAGAAUCUCUGGGUGGAGAAAGUUGGCCUCCACAUGCAAGACGUCGCGCGCUUGGGCGACAUUCUCAUCAGGGCCAAGUCCCCCCUAAUCGUGACGAGUUACGCCGGCCGGGAUCCUGCCGCCUUCAAAGCGCUUCACGAUUUGGCCCGGCGCCUCGCUAUCCCCGUGCACGAGAAUGCGCCGGUGGUGAACAAUUUCCCGACGACCAGUGUCCUCCACCAAGGCCAUACAUGGAACGGCGGCGGGCAGCUCAAGGCCUUGGCUGAAGCAGACGUGGUCCUCGUCGUCGACUCGGAUGUUCCAUGGAUUCCAUCCGAGUCGAGGCCGAGCGAUGCGGCCCGCAUCUUCCACCUCGACUGCGAUCCUCUGAAAAGCAGCGCCACACUCUGGAGUCUUCCGGCUGAGAAGCGUUGGAUGUGUGAUACGUCGGUGGCUUUGAAACAGUUGGAUGAGUACAUCAAAAUGAGCCGGGAACUCUUUACUGAAGCUACAAAGGGUAGGAUCGACGUCAGGUUAUCUUUGUUGGCACAGCGGUUCGAGGCACGAACGCGGAGACUCGAAGCAGAAGAAGUGGCAUCUUCAGAUGGAAAGGUCACGGUGCCGUACUUUAUGAGCCGCUUCCGCAAGGCGACAAAAGGUCUUGACGUAUUAGCACUCAACGAGAGCACGACCAAUCUUGGCAAGGUCGCUGACCACCUACGGCACGACCAACACAACUCGCUGGUGGGCAGUGGUGGCGGCUCGCUCGGGUGGUAUUCUGGGGCUGCUGUCGGCGUGGCCAUGGCGUUGAGAGAAGAGGCGGCUGUGGGUGAUGCGGCCGACCGUCUUGUCACGGCGUUUGUGGGAGACGGAACGUUCCUAUUUGGGGUACCUGCCAGUGCCUACUGGAUGGCCAUGCGGUAUGCGACGCCGUACCUGACCGUCAUCUGGAAUAAUGGCGGCUGGACGAGCCCGAAGAAUGCCUGCUUGAGGAUUCAUCCUGAGAUGAAAGAGUUUGUGCCACGCAGCGAUGGCGAAGGGCGGCAUGGUGACAGCAGGGCAUCAGCCUUGGCCGAGGCGAUGGGCGUCAGCAUUUCGCCGUCACCUUCGUUUGGAAAGAUUGCCGAGGGUGCCGGUGAUGCUUGGUGGACAGUCGUGAAGAGGGCAGACGAGGUUGAUGGAGCCAUCGCGGAGGGCGUUCGGGUGGUGAGGGAGCUCAAGCGAUGUGCAUUGAUUGAGGUGGUCAUUGCCAGUGUAUGA